GCGCUCGGUUGGUAUUAUAUCGCUGCAGGAUGUUGGCGCUUCAGCGGCACGCGGUGCGCUCUGGCGCCCAAGUUGCUCGCUUCUCGGCUGCGGCUGCUGCGAAUCAAGAGGUUUCUUCAAACGUGCUACAGCUCGUAGUGCGUGAGGGUGAGGGAUCGCGUGCGUCUCGUCGUUUGCGCAAGAAGGGUUUGCUGCCAGGCGUACUCUACGGCGAGGGCGAGGAAGGCAAGGACGAGCGCAUGCUAGUCUCGCUCCCGACGCGUGCCUUUGAACGCGAGCACCGCAAGCUGUGGACGUCUAUCGAGAACCAGGUGUUCCAUGUGCAGGUGGGCGACCACCCGCCCGUCAAGGCCUAUAUGCGUGAUGUGCAACUGGACCCCGUGACGGACGUGCCUUUGGCUGUAAACUUUCUUCGUUUCAAGCCCGGCCGAACUGUGUCUAUCCCUAUCACGUAUUUGAACGAGGAAGGUAGUCCUGGCCUUAAGCGUGGAGGUUUCAUUAACCAUAUCCACCACUCACUCGACUGCACGAUCUUUACGGACAAAAUUCCCAUUACGCUGCAGAUCGAUGUGAAUGGCCUACACGUGGGCGACAAGGUGUACCUCGAGUCUAUCAAGUUUCCUGAAGGUGUAGUGCCUAACAUUCCGGAAGGCUCACUAGUCGCCAAGAUUGCUGGUCGUCGUGGCCUCAUUCCGCGCGUGGAGGCUGUGGUCGACGACGUUGUGGACCAAAAGGAGGAAGAGGACAACGAUGAGGAGUUCGAUGACUGGAACGAUAUUUUCUAG